AUGUCGAAUUUCUAUCAAAACGACGAUAGUUCGGGCUACAACCCUCGGGUCCAUGCGCGGUUCGCCGAACGGGAAGGCUACUAUCUCGCGUCGGGCUCCGAGGAUCCGAGAACGCUCUUUGUGGGAAAUCUGGACCCGGCGAUCACCGACGAGUUUCUGGCGACACUCUUCAACCAGAUUGGAGCUGUGACCAAGGCCAAAGUGUGCUUCGAUGGCAUGAACGAUCCGUUCGCCUUCAUCGAAUUCGGCGAUCAUAACCAGGCUGGACAGGCGCUUCAGGCAAUGAACGGUCGCAGUCUUUUGGAUAGGGAGAUGCGUGUGAAUUGGGCAGUGGACGCCAGCCAACCAGGCGACUCCCGAAAGCAAGAGACCUCUCGUCACUUCCACGUCUUCGUCGGCGAUCUCUCAUCAGAAGUGGACUCUACGAAGCUUCGUGAGGCAUUCCUAGCCUUUGGAGACGUCUCCGAAGCUAAAAUUAUCAGAGAUACGGCCACAAACAAGGCAAAAGGCUAUGGAUUCGUUUCGUAUCCGAGAAGAGAGGAUGCCGAGAGAGCCAUCGAGCAGAUGAAUGGACAAUGGUUGGGUAGACGGACCAUCCGGACAAAUUGGGCGACUCGGAAGCCGGAGGAGGAAGGAGGUGGAGAGAGAAGAGAUCGUGGGGAACGAGGAGAGCGCAGACACUAUGAGAAGACGUUCGAUGAGAUCUAUAAUCAGACGUCAGCGGAUAACACCUCGGUCUACGUUGGACAGAUCAAUCAGCUCACUGAAGACGAAAUCCGCCGCGCGUUCGACCGCUUCGGACCAAUCAACGAGGUUCGAAUGUUCAAAGUUCAAGGCUACGCGUUCGUGAAAUUCGAGCAAAAAGAGGCGGCCGCUCGAGCCAUCGUCCAGAUGAACAAUGCGGAGAUUCAAGGGCAACAAGUCAGAUGUAGUUGGGGGAAGAGUGGAGAGUCCAGCGCUAGCAAAUCGAACGAAGGCGGUGGCAACUCUCGCUCGAGCUAUGGAUACGGUUACGGUCGUGGCGACGGACCGUCCGGUGGUGGCUCAGGAGGAGGCUCUGCCCCUUUUCCGCCGUUCAAUGGACCACCACCACCGCCAGGAGGACCACCACCAGCUGGAGGCAACAGCCAAUAUUGGCAAUACUACGCCCAAUACUAUAACAAUCCGCAGCUAAUGCAGCAAUGGAACAAUUAUUGGCAGGGAGGCAAGCAGGGACCACCACCAUCUGGAAAUUAG